GAUGCCACCAGUAGCAGACAGUCCAUACGAUAGAAGUGCAUGGGCAAACUUAUAGACGUUACGUGUAUUCUACCUCAAUUGCGUAAAACUAAUUUAGACUAGGCCUGCGUUGUGAAAAUGUGCAGAAAGAUUUUGCACGUAUGUAUUAUGCGGAAGGUCAUUUAUUUUGAUAAUAAUUAAUGAUUUUUAUGAAAUCAACGGAAGUUGGGAACCACAAAAUGGAGCGCAAACCUGAAGAAGCAUUACAAGAGUGAACUUGAAACGUUCGAUCUCCACCGUCGGCACAAACAAGUAAAGCUGUCUUUAUGGAGUUUCAAAAUGACAUUUUCUAAACUGCUGAACGAGAGCAAUGAUGAAUUCUCAUCGGCCGAGGCGCUUAACUUGUCUUUGCCACAGCAACAUCUUUCCAACAUCAGCAACGGCACCUGUGUGAACAUCACCCUCGACUCGCAAGUCAUAAGUGUGGGAAUCUUUCUGGCCGUUUUCAUACUUGCGGCGAUCGUCGGGAACAUUUUGGUCAUUCUUUCGGUGCUGUGCAACAAACAUUUGCAGACGGUCACAAACUUCUUCAUUGUCAACCUCGCCAUAGCGGACCUGCUGCUGAGCAUCAUUGUCCUGCCUUUCUCCGCGUCUCUGGAGGUGUUGGGAUGUUGGGUGUUCGGACGCAUCUUCUGCAACAUUUGGGCAGCUGUGGACGUCCUCUGCUGCACGGCAUCUAUAUUAAGUUUGUGCAUUAUAUCCAUAGACAGGUACAUUGGGGUGAAAUACUGCCUAAAAUACCCCACUAUCAUGACUGAAAGGAAGGCGGGGGUCAUACUGGUGGUGGUUUGGGUAUCUUCAAUGGUUAUUUCAAUCGGACCCCUGCUGGGUUGGAAGGAGCCUCCACCCAUAGACGAGAGCAUCUGCAGCAUCACGGAGGAACCGGGUUACGCACUAUUCUCUUCUUUAUUCUCCUUCUAUCUUCCGCUCAUGGUGAUUUUAGUCAUGUACACCAGAGUAUAUAUCGUGGCCCGCAGGACUACAAAAAGUUUGGAAGCGGGCGUUAAACGGGAGAGGGACCAUUCAAUGGAAGUCGUGCUGCGGAUACAUUACCGGAGCGCGCCGGACGACGCGAGCACCAGCUCCAAAACCAAAGCCCAUCCUUUCAGAAGUUCACUGUCCGUGAGACUCAUGAAGUUCUCCAGAGAGAAGAAGGCUGCUAAAACCCUCGCCAUCGUCGUGGGAAUGUUCAUUUUUUGUUGGCUACCUUUUUUCUUCGUUUUGCCUUUGGGUUCCUUCUUCCCAGCGCUGAAGCCGUCUAAGAUGGUGUUCAAAGUAAUCUUCUGGCUGGGCUACUUCAACAGCUGCAUCAACCCGAUAAUCUACCCCUGUUCCAGCAAAGAAUUCAAGCGCGCAUUCACCCGACUCCUGCGCUGUCAGUGCCAUCGUCGCCGUCACAUCAUCCGGCGUUUCUACGACCAGCGCUGGAGAACGGCUAUGAAGGGAGCCAAAAGAGACCCUCAUAGGGACUACUGCUCUGUAUUUCCCUUCCACGAGCAAUGUGGAAACUCCAUCUAUUCCUGUCAGACCAAGAGUCGGCCUCUUAGCUUGAAGAGCUGGAGCUUCUUUCCGCCCUUGCAGAAGUCUUCCUUCCAGCUGAAGGAGAAAAUGAACAACCUUUCCAAUAAAAUCAAGAACGGGACGGGGAAGAGCGGCACGUCUGCUCUGAGCCGCCCGGAGAUCAACACGGUCUCCAUGGGGAUCUAUAAUGACUGCGCUGAUCAGAGCGGCUACCAGAUCUAUGACAUCACAGAAUGCUACGGGCUGAAGGAAACGGACAUCUAAACAAAGACAAAGAUUGCUGUCUGUGUUCCUCAGGCAAAUAUUUAUCUCUAGGAUAUUUUUUCAAUACAUAAUUUUUGCUCAAAGACCUGCAUUCUUGUUAUGUCUUAAUAUACUGGCUUUGACACUUUAAAGCAAAUCUGAGAAGUGAGAAAAGUACACUGAAUGGCAAAAUAAGGACAAAUGAAGUAUCUGCACUGGACCAGAAUAUAGACUCAUAGUUGCUGACUUUGUGUAUACUGCGUUGUCCAUGUGGCCAUUGAGAAAUAAUCUGUCAAAUGUCCAAAUGACCCGAUAACCUGCAACGCUGAAGUUUUAACGUUUGAACUGUUACAAAGAAUUACUUUGACGUGUUGACCAUUAAGUAUAAAUGGAAAACAUUUAACUGUGAUAUGACCAUGUUGAAUCCAUAAUACUGAUUGACAAAAUGAUUCACUGUGAUUCACAUGGUGGAAGUCACUUUUAAUGGAUUCAGUGGAUUCUUAAUAACUUUGAAUGUGAGGCACAAUUUGUAACAGAUGUUUUGGGUAUUUCAAAGGGUGGUUAAAUACCUUGUGCUUUUCAUGCAUCUCUUCAGUGAACCACAAGACAAGAAUACAUCUGUUAUCCACGAAAGGACCAAGAGGACGCUCCAGGACUACAACUCAGCUUUUGUGUUGUUGAGAAAUUAGUUGGGUUUCUUUGUAAUGCCGAUGUGAUGAUUUCUUUCAAUGUCAACUAUAAAGCAGAAUAAACCUGAAAAAGAGCAUGCUGAAUGGUGAUCUCAUACUUGCAUCUCAUGAAUCCUCAGAAUCAGAAACGUUUAAUUGAAUCAUUUUCAUUCAAACAACCGUGCCCAGAGGUGGAAGAAAUCACAUGGAAUCUUUUUAAU